CGGCGGGAGGAGGAGGCCAACGUGGUGCUCACGGGCACGGUGGAGGAGAUCAUGAACGUGGACCCCGUGCACCACACCUACUCCUGCAAGGUGAGAGUCUGGCGUUACCUGAAAGGCAAAGACAUCGUCACUCACGAGAUCCUCUUGGAUGGUGGGAACAAGGUGGUUAUCGGUGGCUUUGGGGACCCAUUAAUCUGCGACAACCAAGUCUCGACUGGGGACACACGGAUUUUCUUCGUCAACCCUGCCCCACAGUACAUGUGGCCGGCACACCGCAAUGAGCUGAUGCUGAACUCCAGCCUCAUGCGGAUAACGCUGCGCAACCUGGAGGAGGUGGAGCACUGCGUGGAAGAACAUAGGAAACUUCUGGCUGACAAGCCCAAUAGUUAUUUUACUCAGACGCCGCCGACGCCGCGAGAUGCGUGUCGAGGGAUGCUGUGCGGGUUCGGGGCGGUGUGUGAGAGGAGCUCCACCGACCCCUCCCAGGCCUCCUGCGUCUGCAAGAAGACGGUUUGCCCUGUCGUGGUGGCUCCUGUCUGUGGCUCUGAUUAUUCCACCUACAGCAAUGAGUGUGAGCUGGAGAAGGCCCAGUGCAACCAACAGAGGCGGAUCAAAGUCAUCAGCAAGGGACCGUGUGGCUCCAAGGACCCCUGCGCAGAGGUGACCUGCAGCUUUGGCAGCACGUGCGUCCGCUCCACUGAUGGCCAGUCGGCCAAAUGCGUUUGCCCGUCGUCCUGCAGCGGCGUGCCCGAGAGCACAGUGUGCGGCAGCGACGGCAAAGACUACCGCAGCGAGUGUGACCUCAACAAGCAUGCCUGCGACAAGCAGGAGAAUGUUUUCAAGAAGUUCGAUGGCGCCUGUGACCCUUGUAAAGGCGUCCUCAACGACAUGAAUCGUGUUUGCCGGGUGAACCCCCGCACCCGAAGGGUGGACCUGCUCUCCCGCCCCGAGAACUGUCCCCCAAAGAGGGAGCUUGUGUGCGGUGACGACGGGGUGACUUAUGACAACGAGUGCGUGAUGGGGCGCUUGGGGACCAUCCGGGGACUGGAGAUCCAGAAGGUGCGUUCAGGGCAGUGCCAGCAUCAGGACAAAUGCAAGGAUGAGUGCAAGUUCAAUGCUGUCUGCCUGAACCGCCGUGGCACCACUCGCUGCUCCUGUGACCGCAUCGCGUGCGAUGGUGCCUACCGGCCUGUCUGUGCCCAGGACAGCCGGACCUACAGCAACGACUGCGAGCGCCAGAAGGCCGAGUGCCACCAGAAGGCUGCCAUCCCAGUAAAACACAGUGGACCCUGUGACCUGGGCACGCCAAGCCCGUGCCUGAGCGUGGAGUGCACCUUUGGGGCCACGUGCGUGGUGAAGAACCAGGAGGCUGUGUGCGAGUGCCAGCAGGUGUGCCAGGGCCGCUACGACCCCGUGUGCGGCACUGACAACCGCACCUAUGGCAACCCCUGCGAGCUCGACUCCAUGGCCUGUGUCCUCAAGAGAGAGAUCAAAGUGAAACACAAGGGGCCCUGCGACCGUUGUGGCAAGUGUCAGUUUGGGGCCAUCUGCGAGGCAGAGACGGGAAGGUGCGUGUGCCCCACGGAGUGCGUUCCCUCCUCUCAGCCCGUGUGCGGCACAGAUGGCAACACGUACGGCAGCGAGUGCGAGCUCCACGUCCGGGCGUGCACGCAGCAGACGAACAUUUUGGUGGCUGCCCAAGGAGACUGCAAGUCCUGCGGCAGCACGGUGUGCUCCUUUGGCAGCAAGUGCGUGGGUGGGCAGUGCGUGUGCCCGCGCUGCGAGAGGCAGCCCUCCGCUCAGGUGUGCGGUAGCGAUGGCCUCACCUACGACAACCAGUGCGAGCUGCAGGUGGCCGCCUGCCAGCAGAAGAAGAGCAUUGAGGUUGCCAGGACGGGGCCGUGUGAGGAUGAGUGCGGCUCAGGGGGCUCAGGCUCCGGCGACAGUAGCGAGUGUGAACAGGACCGGUGCCGGCAGUACGGGGGCUGGUGGGACGAGGAUGCAGAGGAUGACCGCUGCGUGUGUGACUUCACCUGCCUGGCAGUGCCACGCAACCCGGUGUGUGGCUCUGAUGGUGUGACCUACACCAACGAGUGUGAGCUGAAGAAGACACGGUGUGAAAAACGCCAGGAUCUCUAUGUCACUAGCCAAGGAGCCUGCCGCGCCCUUGCCACAACCCCGCCACCUCUCCUGGUUGUGCACUGCAGCCAGACCAUCUAUGGAUGCUGCCCAGACAACAUGACCUUGGCACUUGGAGUGGGUGCAGCUGGAUGCCCAAGCACCUGCCAAUGCAACCCCUAUGGCUCCUACGGGGGAGCCUGCGACCCUGCAACGGGGCAGUGCUCCUGCAAGCCAGGCGUGGGGGGCCUGAAGUGUGACCGCUGCGAGCCCGGCUUCUGGAACUUCCGCGGCAUCGUCACCGACAGCAAAAGCGGCUGCACGCCCUGUAACUGCGACCCGGUGGGUUCAGUGCGUGAUGACUGUGAGCAGAUGACUGGACUGUGCUCCUGCAAGACUGGUAUCACUGGCAUGAAAUGCAACCAGUGCCAUGGCAGCAAGCUGGGCAUGACGGGCUGUGAGAAAGACCCAUCAGCCCCAAAAUCCUGCGAGGAAAUGAGCUGCGAGUUUGGGGCCUCGUGCGUGGAAGUCAACGGCUUUGCCCACUGCGAGUGCCCAUCCCCACUCUGCUCAGAGGCCAACAUGACCAAGGUGUGUGGCUCUGAUGGUGUCACUUAUGGGGACCAGUGCCAGUUGAAGACCAUCGCCUGCCGGCAGGGACAGGUCAUCACAGUGAAGCAUGUGGGGCAGUGCCACGAGUCCAUCACUCACACAAGCCACACCUCACCACCCACACCACUGCCCACACUGCCCUUGGACAAGUUAAUCCUUCCUCCACCACUGCGGCUCACCACCCGGGCUCCAGAACCCACUGAGCUGGCUACCAGCUCCCUGCUGUUGGAAGCCAGGCCUACUGAAAGAGGUCACCCUACAACAAGGCGCAUCACGACUGCCAGGCCAGCCACUACACCAUGGAUGACCCACGGGGUGUACAAGACCACUGUCCGCCCUCUCUCCACCGCACCGGUGGUCCUGGCCACUACCCAGCCUGCCUAUGUUGAAUCAGGCAGUGCAGAAGGCAGUGGAGACCAAGAGAUGGGCAUCAGUGGAGACCAGGAAUCUAGUGGGGCAGGCUCUGCCGGGGAAGAGGAGGUGGAGGAAAGCCAGGUAACUUCCACCCCAGCCAUUGAGAGGGCAACGUGUUACAACACCCCGCUGGGAUGCUGCUCUGAUGGCAAGACUGCAGCUGCUGAUGCAGAAGGCAGCAACUGUCCAGCUACCAAAGUCUUCCAAGGAGUCCUCAUCUUGGAGGAGGUGGAAGGCCAGGAGCUGUUCUACACACCUGAGAUGGCUGACCCCAAGUCAGAGCUCUUUGGGGAGACGGCCAGGAGCAUUGAGAGUGCGCUGGAUGAGCUUUUCCGCAAUUCUGACGUUAAGAAGGACUUCAAGAGCAUCCGUGUCCGAGACCUGGGGCAGAGCAGCGCUGUCCGUGUCAUUGUGGAGUCCCACUUUGACCCAGCCACUUCCUACACGGCAGCUGAUGUCCAAGGGGCCCUGCUGAAGCAGAUCAAAGCUUCCAAGAAGAAGACCAUCCUGGUGAAGAAGCCCCAGCAGGAGCAUGUCAAAUUCAUGGACUUUGACUGGAUCCCCAGGCUCUUCACCACCACUGUGACCACAACCACAGCCACCACCAUGGCACCCGCCACCACCCGGAGGUACACCACGGCUGCCGCCGCCACCACAGUCCACGUCCUGCGCCCAGAUGCCGUGGGCCGACCCAGCACCAAGACGGCAGGAGCUGUGAGCACCAAGAGACCCACCUCCACCCUCCCUGCCACCACCCGGCGGAAGCCUACGCGCCAGCCCCCCGCCACGAAGAAACCCUUGCGGCCCUGCGACUCUCACCCCUGCCUGCACGGUGGCACCUGCGAGGAUAACGGGAAGGAGUUCACCUGCAGCUGCCCGGCAGGCAAAGGGGGAGCCGUCUGUGAGAAACCUAUCAGGUACUUCAUCCCCAGCUUUGGUGGCAAGUCCUACCUGGCCUUCAAGAUGAUGAAGGCAUACCACACCGUGCGCAUCGCCAUGGAGUUCAGGACUGUGGAGCUGAGCGGGCUGCUGCUCUACAAUGGGCAGAACCGCGGCAAAGACUUCAUUUCCCUGGCGCUGGUUGGUGGCUUCGUGGAGCUCAGGUUUAACACUGGCUCUGGCACAGGCAUCAUCACCAGCAAGGUCCGUGUUGAGCCUGGCAAGUGGCACCAGUUAGUGGUGAACCGCAACCGCCGCAGCGGCAUGCUGUCUGUCGACGGGGAGCCCCACGUCAGCGGGGAGAGCCCGACGGGCACCGACGGGCUCAACCUCGACACAGACCUGUUCAUCGGGGGAGCGCCGGAGGACCAAAUGGCUGUGGUGGCAGAUCGUACCGCGGCUACAACCGGCCUGAAGGGCUGCAUCCGCCUCCUGGAUGUGAACAACCAGAUGUACGACCUGCGGGAGAAAGGCAGUGAUGUGCUGUAUGGCAGCGGGGUGGGCGAGUGCGGCAACGACCCCUGUCACCCCAACCCCUGUCACCAUGGUGGCAUCUGCCACGUCAAGGAGGCAGAGAUGUUCCACUGCGAGUGUCUCUACACCUACACUGGCCCAACGUGUGCCGACGAGAGGAAUCCCUGCGACCCUACGCCCUGCCACGUCUCUGCCACCUGCCUGGUGCUGCCAGAGGGAGGUGCCUUGUGCGCCUGUCCCAUGGGCCGGGAAGGAGACUUCUGCGAGCUAGUGACAGAGCAGGACCACACCAUGCCCUUCCUCCCGGAGUUCAAUGGCUUCUCCUACCUGGAGCUGAAUGGGCUGCAGACCUUCGUUCCUGACCUGGACAAAAUGUCCAUGGAAGUUGUGUUCUUGGCCAAGAACCCCAGUGGCAUGAUCUUCUACAAUGGCCAGAAGACAGAUGGCAAAGGGGACUUUGUCUCUCUGACCUUACACGAUGGCUACCUGGAGUACAGAUACGACCUGGGCAAAGGGGCGGCUGUGCUCAGGAGCAAAGAGCCAGUUCCCCUCAACACCUGGAUAAGUGUCUUGUUGGAGAGGAAUGGGCGCAAAGGGGUAAUGAGGAUCAACAACGGCGAGAGGGUGAUGGGAGAGUCACCGAAAUCCCGUAAGGUGCCUCACACUUUCCUGAACCUGAAGGAGCCAUUUUAUGUGGGGGGAGCCCCUGAUUUCAGCAAGCUAGCUCGAGCAGCCGCCAUCUCCACCAGCUUCGAUGGAGCUGUGCAGAGGAUCUCCAUCAAAGGGGUGCCUGUGCUGAAGGAGCAGAACAUCCGCAGUGCCAUUGAGAUCUCCCCCUUCCGAGGCCACCCCUGUACCCAGAAACCCAAUCCUUGCCAGAACGGAGGCACUUGCAGCCCCCGGCUAGAGAGCUACGAGUGUGCUUGCCAGAGGGGCUUCUCCGGGGCUCACUGUGAGAAAGUGAUCAUUGAGAAGGCUGCUGGAGAUGCAGAGGCCAUUGCUUUUGAUGGUAGGACAUAUAUGGAGUACCACAAUGCCGUGACAAAGAGUCCUGAAGCGCUGGACUAUCCUGCGGAGCCCAGCGAGAAGGCCUUGCAAUCGAACCACUUUGAACUAAGCAUCAAAACAGAAGCCACUCAGGGGCUGAUCCUGUGGAGUGGGAAGGGGCUGGAGCGAUCGGACUACAUCGCCCUCGCCAUAGUGGAUGGCUUUGUACAAAUGACCUACGACCUCGGCUCCAAGCCAGUCGUCCUACGAUCCACGGUCCCAGUCAACACCAACCAGUGGAUUCAUAUCAAAGCAUACAGGGUACAGAGAGAAGGUUCCCUUCAAGUUGGCAACGAAGCCCCCAUUGCUGGCUCUUCUCCGCUUGGUGCAACACAGCUAGAUACAGAUGGGGCCCUGUGGCUGGGGGGAAUGGAGAAGCUGAGCGUGGCUCACAAGCUGCCCAAGGCCUACAGCACUGGCUUUAUUGGCUGCAUAAGGGACGUGAUUGUCGACCGCCAAGAACUGCAUCUGGUGGAGGACGCUUUAAACAACCCCACGAUAUUACACUGCUCAGCCAAAUAGACCCCCAGGGACCCUUCCUUCUCCUUCCCUCCCUCCUGCCUAUUGCUACAUGUCCUAACCACCUGCUUGCCCUGGCUGCUCUUCCCAAGAGCUUCUGUGUACCAAGCGUUGCCCUCCCGUGCACCAGUGAGAACUUGCAGCACGUCUUCAAGAGCUGGAAGUGCUCUCCCUCUUCCAGCACUGUCAAACAGGCUGCGAGGGCAUGGAGACUGGGUCCCUUUUUACUUUAAAAAAAAAUCUGUUGGAUGUGUCCUUCCAUGACCCAUGUCCAUUUUCCAGCCUCCGGGCAUGACUUGCCCUCUGUCUACCAUGAGGAUGCUUGCAGCUGGCCAGCAUGUGAAUCUCUGUAGAGCUGGUAUUAGAGCCUCUCCCAUGAAGAGUAAUUGGAGUUUUACCUUUGACUUCAAGCUUUUGCAAUGCCCAGUGCAAUGCAGGGUCUUCCACACCAUGAUCAAAGCUCCUCUGGAUACUGCCAGCCCAGCAGCAAUGGCUUCAACAGAAAUGGGAACGGGGCGUGAGUAAGCUGUCGAGGCAGUAGGGUUUGGGAGGAGGUUUUUUAAGUAUUUUCUUCCUCCGUACAAAUCUUGAAAGCAAAUACUGUGGUGCCAGUUACAAAGCCAGUAUGUGUGUUUCUGAAUGAAUGUAUGUGUAUUUGUGAGUGUCCGUCAACCAGCACACAUUUGCAUGCAAACACUGAAUCUCCGGUAAGCAGAAGAACAAACGGGUUGCAGCUAUGAAAGAAAUGACCCACUCCAUUCAGGUUCCUUCUCCAUGGGAAGAAUUUACUGAUGCUCUUGUAGCAUCUAUGUCCCUUUCCACCACUGGGACACAACUGUGUCCCUUUCCCACCCUGAGAUGGCAGCUGGUAUUGCUCUGUGUAAAACCAGCUUUAUGGAGCGUACAGAAUUAAUCUGAAGGAUCCCGCCAGGUAUCAAAUGUUAAUUAAUAUCCAGGGUGCUAUCAUUUUGCAGUUUUACCCCAAAUUUCUAGCACACCUUGUAGGGUACCUUUACAAAGUAGUGCACCCUUUAAAAAUGUUGUUUCUUGGCACAAAAUUUUGAGCCAUGAAAAGUCAAUUUACUUUUCUCAGGGUGAGCUCUGAACACAGAUGUAACAAAGGGGAAGAACGUCAUGUAAAACCACUUGGGUUUGUUUUUUCUUUUUUUUUUUGACUAAAAGAAAUCUAUCCCCCCCCAUCUAUGCCUAAUCUAUUGACAUUCCUCUAAAAAUCCAGUGGUUAAAUAGUUCACGGGGGCUGUGCCCUCUGUGGGAUGGAGACUGUGCUCUGUGUGUGUGUGUGUCUCUGUGUGUGUGUGUGUGUGGCAAUACCACAUUUUAAGUGGCUACUGUAUAUAAAUUGUGGUUCCUGGUGGGGAGUACUGUGACUGUGUUGUGAAAGGGACGGACUGCUGUAUUUUGACCACGAGGUAUAGACAGGGGCUAACUAGG